AUGGUGCCAACAAUAGAAGGAGACAUCGGGAGUCCCAGCAAACAACUCUCUGCAAUGCAACUUGCCAAGGGGGCAAAACGAGGUGAACCCACAUACGUAGUUGUGCUAAAGGAAGACAACUCUGAGGAGAAUUCUCCAAAGGUACCCGACAUCAUUCGAGGAGUCCUUGAGGAGAACAAGGACGUUAUGCCAGCAGAGCUGCCGAGAAAGCUACCACCCAGGCGAGGGGUGGAUCGCAUGAUUGAACUAGAACCGGGCACCAAACCACCUGCCAUGGCCCCAUACCGGCUCGAACGGGACCCCGUAACCAAGGCCCUAAUAGGCCUUGCUAAGGAAGGGAAAACUCAACGUGUUUGGGUAGAGGACGGUCUUCUCUACACAAAAGGGAGACGUUUGACACCCAAGCCAACGAGGACAGUGGCGUUGCUCGAGACCAACUAUUUUUGGCCCCAGCUCAAGGACGAUGUGGAGACAUAUGUCAGAACUUGUCUUGUUUGCCAAAAACAUAAGAUCGAGAACAGGCACCCGGCAGGACUGUUAGAGCCACUACCGACACCCGCAGGACCGUGGGACUCUAUCACAUUAGACUUUAUUAGUUCGUUGCCACAGUCCGAGGGAUAUGGAUCGAUCAUGGUCGUCGUAGACCGAUUUACGAAGUAUGGGACGUUCAUUCCGUGCUCCAAAGAUUGUACCGCCGAGGAGGCUGCCCGUGAAAUUUUUAAGAACGUAGUUAAACAUUGGGGGCUACCCAGGAGCAUCAUCCGUAACCGGGACCCGAGGUUCACAUGGCGACUUUGGACCGAACUUUUCAAACUCUUGGGGACAGAGCUUAAUUUUUCAACAAGUUUUCACCCCCAAACCGACGGGCAAACUGAGAGGGUCAAUGCACUUCUCGAAUGCUAUUUGAGGCACUUCAUAAGUGCAAAACAACGGGACUGGGCCAAAUUACUCGAUGUGGCCCAGUUUUCAUAUAAUUCGCAGAGGAGUGAAUCGACUGGGCAAAGCCCAUUUGAAGUGGUCACGGGGCGACAACCACUAACACCGCACACAAUCUCCCUACCUACCAAGGAAGGUAGGAGUCCCGGGGCUGAAAAGAUGGUCAAGACAUGGGAAGAACACGCCGACUUAGCGUGGUCAUACUUGCAUAGGGCCCGCAGGAGAAUGAAGAAGUGGGCCGAUAAAAAGAGAAGGCCAGGAGAGUUUUCCCAAGGAGAAUUAGUCUUUGUGAAGCUGUUGCCCCAAAAUUUCAAAACCUUUCGAAGCUUGCCCAAGGGAUUGAUACGAAAGUACGAGGGACCGUACCCGGUGAUCAAGAAAAUUGGUAAUGUAGCAUAUCGGGUCGACUUACCUCCAUCCCUUAAAAUCCAUCUCGUCUUCCACGCAAGUAUGUUGAAGCCUUAUAAAGGGGACAUGGAAGACCCAAGCCGAGGGUUAUCAUCAAGGGCACCGCCAAUCACCACCAAGUCAUUUGACAAGGAAGUAGAAGCGGUGCUUACAUCCGACAUAGUCAGGCGAAGAGGGGUACCACCGAAAACACGAUACUUAAUCAAGUGGAAGGGCCUCCCCGAUUCAGAAACAUCUUGGGAUUUCGAGGAAGUCCUAUGGAAAUUCAAGGAUACCAUCGAACGAUACACGACGGGGACGCCGCCACAACAGGUGGGGGAGAAUGUAACGCCCCGCACUACCUGA